UAUGGUCCUCAUAUGAUAAUUAAUGUUUUCCCUAAGAAAAAUGAUUAACUUUAACUCGAAUAUUGAACUUAAAUUAAAAGAAAUUUUUAGAUUAUGCGAAUUAAAUAUAUUCUCAGAAGAAAAAUUAACAAAAUUGUGCACAAAAUAUACAGAAUUUGAAAACAAUGAUAAAUUUAAAUUCCUUAAAUUAAUAAGCUCUCAAUACUCUACAAGUGCUCCGAUUGUUUUAGAAAAUGCACAAAAAUACAUAAAUACUUAUAAAAUAUCAACAAAUAAAAAUAAUUUAGAAUUGUUAAACUCACAAGAAAGUUUGUAUAAUUCUUUGACUCCACAAUAUGUGCAUCUCUUUAAAAAUAUUGCAAAAUUAAAGACAGGAGUAAAACAUCUUGUUGACAUGAGAGCGGACUUGAUAGAAUUUACAACUGAUAAGAAUCCUGAAAAACAAGAUCUUGAAUGCAUGAAUAAUUUGUUGAAAGAACUUUUACAAAUAUGGUUUUCUAUAGGUUUGCUGGAUGUUGAAAGGAUAACCUGGCAAUCAUCAUGUGAUAUGCUUCAAAAAAUUUCCCAGUAUGAAGCAGUUCAUCCAGUAAAAAAUUGGACGGAUUUAAGAAAACGUGUUGGUCCAUUUAGAAGAUGCUUUGCAUUUACUCAUAAAAGUAUGCCUGGGGAACCAAUUGUAGUUUUACAUACAGCUUUAACAAAUACAAUUUGCAAUAAUAUACAAGAAAUUGUAUUCCAGCCUAAAUUUAGAUCUUUACAAACUGAUAAUCUAUCUCAAAAAUUAGAAGCAUCUAAUGAAAUUAAUGCAGCAAUUUUUUAUUCCAUUACAUCCACCCAAAAAGGUUUACAAAAUGUCGAAUUAGGCAACCACUUGAUCAAAAAGGUGGUUAAAAAUCUGCAAAAUGAAUUUCCUAACAUGCAUAAAUUUUCAAGUCUGUCACCUAUCCCUGGCUUUAGAAAAUGGUUUGUUAAACUAAUGGGAAAAAAACUGAAUUCUAACAAAGAGCUCAAUGAUUCAAAUUCACUACUAGAUAAAGUAUUUACUCCAACAGUAAUCGCCGAAAUCAAUCCUAAAUUACCCAAUUAUCAAGAAAUUAAUGAUGAAAAUCCAGGUCUUCCAAUUUUGAAAAAAGAUGAUGGACCAUCUAAUUCGAAUAUUAGCGAUUUAGAGUUGGAUACGAAUAAUAACUUUUGGAGAAGGAUGAUAAGAGUAUUGGGAGAGGAUAUUACGAACAAAUGGGUGACCGAUAUAGGCCUCCAACAGUUAAAAAUUUCUCUAGAAGCUCCAUUGGUAAAAUUAUGCCUUCAUUACAUAUACGAUAUCAAAUAUGCCGAUGGUUAUGCUACGAAUCCCGUGGCAAAUUUCCAUUUUAGGAACGGCGCUAAUUUUUGGAGAAUCAAUUGGAUGGCCGAUACUUCACCUAGAGGAUUAGAAUAUUCAUUUGGUAUAAUGAUAAAUUACAGGUAUUAUUUGAAUGAGGUUGAAGAAAAUAGCAUCAAAUACAUUACCGAAAAGUUCAUUUCUAUAUCAGAGUCGUUAAAGAGUAGCCUUCAUUCAUUCCCAAAAUAGACUAUUUUAUAUCAUUUAUAAAUUAUUGGAUUAUUUUGUAA